CCAAGAGGACCACCAAACCCAAGAAGGGGCCCAAGAAGGAAAAGCUGGCUCUGGAGACGCCUCCACCAGGUAAAAAAAGCAACAGAAAAGGCAUGAGAACCAAGAACACUGAGAAGGCUGCCAGUGAUGAUCACGGUGUCCCUGUGGCCCAUGAAGAUGUCAAAGAGAGUUGCCCGCCUCUUGGUCUGGAAACCUUAAAAAUCACAGACUUCCAGCUUCAUGCCUCCACGGCGAAGCGCUAUGGCCUGGGAGCACAUCGUGGGCGACUCAACAUCCAGGCAGGUAUUAAUGAAAAUGAUUUUUACGACGGGGCGUGGUGUGCAGGCAGGAAUGACCCCCACCAGUGGAUUGAAGUGGAUGCCAGGCGCCUGACCAGAUUCACGGGCGUCAUCACGCAAGGAAGGAACUCGCUCUGGCUGAGUGACUGGGUGACAUCCUAUAAAGUCAUGGUGAGCAAUGACAGUCAUACCUGGGUCACCGUCAAGAAUGGAUCUGGAGACAUGAUAUUUGAAGGAAACAGUGAGAAGGAGAUCCCUGUUCUCAAUGAGCUGCCUGUCCCCAUGGUGGCCCGCUACAUUCGCGUUAACCCGCGGUCCUGGUUUGACAACGGGAGCAUCUGCAUGAGGCUGGAGAUCCUCGGCUGCCCGCUGCCAGAUCCUAAUAACUACUAUCACCGGCGGAAUGAAAUGACCACCACUGAUGACCUGGAUUUUCGGCACCACAACUAUAAGGAAAUGCGCCAGUUGAUGAAGGUUGUGAAUGAAAUGUGCCCUAAUAUCACCAGAAUUUACAACAUUGGCAGAAGCCACCAGGGCCUGAAGCUGUAUGCUGUGGAGAUUUCCGACCGGCCUGGAGAACAUGAAGUCGGUGAGCCUGAGUUCCACUACAUCGCAGGCGCCCAUGGCAACGAGGUGCUGGGUCGGGAGCUGCUGCUGCUGCUGCUGCAGUUCCUAUGCCAGGAGUACCUGGCCCGGAACCCGCGCAUUGUCCGCCUGGUGGAGGAGACCCGGAUUCACAUCCUCCCCUCCCUGAACCCUGAUGGCUACGAGAAGGCCUGGGAAGGGGGCUCGGAGCUGGGGGGCUGGUCCCUGGGACGCUGGACCCAUGAUGGGAUCGACAUCAACAACAACUUUCCUGAUUUAAACACCCUGCUCUGGGAGGCAGAGGACCGAAAGAAUGGCCCAAGGAAAGUUCCCAAUCAUUAUAUUGCAAUCCCGGAGUGGUUUCUGUCGGAAAAUGCCACGGUGGCUGUGGAGACGAGAGCGGUCAUUGCCUGGAUGGAAAAGAUCCCCUUCGUGCUGGGCGGCAACCUGCAGGGGGGCGAGCUGGUGGUGGCCUACCCCUACGACAUGGUGCGCUCUCCGUGGAAGACCCAGGAGCACACCCCCACACCCGAUGACCACGUGUUCCGCUGGCUGGCCUACUCCUAUGCCUCCACUCACCGCCUCAUGACUGAUGCCCGCAGGAGGGUGUGCCACACGGAGGACUUCCAGAAGGAGGAGGGCACUGUCAACGGGGCAUCCUGGCACACCGUUGCGGGAAGUCUGAACGAUUUCAGCUAUCUUCACACAAACUGCUUCGAGCUGUCCAUCUAUGUGGGCUGUGACAAGUACCCGCACGAGAGCCAGCUGCCCGAGGAAUGGGAGAACAAUCGGGAAUCUUUGAUCGUGUUCAUGGAGCAGAUUCAUCGCGGCAUCAAAGGUGUAGUGAGAGAUUCACAUGGAAAAGGAAUUCCAAAUGCCAUUAUCUCCGUAGAAGGCGUUAACCAUGACAUUCGAACAGCCAGCGAUGGAGAUUACUGGCGCCUGCUGAACCCUGGAGAGUAUGUGGUCACAGCAAAGGCAGACGGCUUCACCGCAUCCACUAAGAACUGUAUGGUUGGCUAUGACAUGGGGGCCACGCGGUGUGACUUCACGCUCAGCAAAACCAACCUGGCCAGGAUCAGAGAGAUCAUGGAGAAGUUUGGGAAGCAGCCCGUCAGCCUGCCUGCCAGGCGACUGAAGCUGCGUGGGAGGAAGAGACGACAGCGCGGGUGACCCUCCAGGACCCUUGAGACACAUCCUGGCCCGAACACGUUAACCCAACCCGGUAGCAGCUCCACAGCAGACUCACUCACUGUUGUUUUCUCUGUAAUUGAAGAGGCACCUGGGAGAGUGUGCACAUUACACGGCUGGUCCCAAGGGGAGGGCUGGAGCCUUGGCUGUUUCCUUUGUUCCCAUUUAUCCAAAUAACUUGGACAGAGCAGCAGAGAAGGCUGGUGGGAGUGAGAGAAUUCAGCAAGUCAGCCUGGGAAUCUGAGAGAAAGGAGGCACCCAGUCACAGCCUCUUGGGUAGACAGGGAGGGAGACCGGUGCUUCCCUCUCUGUGCAACAGCAAGAGUUCUGUGUGCGUUUGCAGUUUGUGCAGUGAAAAUGGCAGCAUUCCUGGGCCUGCCCCUCUCACAUGUUACCACACGAGAUGUUUAUGGGCAUCCUAAGCAAAUCUACCUUCUCUGGCCCCAGGACAUUCUAAGGUGCU